GUGCCUUGCCGGCCCCUUGGAAGCCUGAAGAGCUUGGCUUUCCCUCGCCUUGCCAGCGCGGAUCCGCAUUUCUACUUGGACCGUCGCAUUUCCUGCCCCGACACCUAUCAGAAGCCAAACUUGAGAGUAAAGUGCUGGGGCCGCACAUCCGCCAAGUGCAAGGAGUGGACAGCAUGGCUUUAGAGGCUCUUCCAAUCUUCCAUUCCUCCACGCUGCAGAUCCUAGAGGAGGCGCACAGCGCCUAUAACCACACGGUUUUCUUAGUCCCCAACUGGUACUUUGGAAAUCGCUAUGUGGACCGGCUGGGAUCUGAUGAGCUUUUCCUCGACUUGCCUCUGGAGGCCUACAACGUGGUGAGGGAGAACGUGAAUGCGGAACACAAUGAGGUAAUGGUGAGUCAUGGCCUUUCCUGUUUGGAGUACUUGGCUGUCCACCUUCCGCGGCUGAAAUUUAUCUUCUGGUGCAUCGCGCGACGGACGUUGAUCCCUAACCGAACCUCCACCGUUCCUUUGGAAGGUCAGUAUUUGCAGGUCACGUCAAGAUUUCGCGACAAUACGCUGGAUGUGCUGCAGUACAGCGAUUUGGACACCUUCACACGUCGUCAUAUGAAG